AUGCGGGCUUGCCCUGGAAAGCUGCAGGGCCUUACCACCGGUGCUGUUUCUGGCUAUUGCUUACCAUUCCCAGAAGUUGUGUGGGAGCAGAAUGCUAGAGAAGAGGCAGUUUUCAGGAAGAGCCGAAGCUCCCAGGCCGAACCCGUUGAUGUGCUAAAAGCAUUAGAAUUUCACAAUUCACCAGAAGGAGUAUCAAGAACAGCAGGAUUUUGCACAAACAGAAGGGAUUCGAAAGGAUCGGAUGUCGCCUACAGGGUUUCAAAAACUGCACAGCUGAGUGCCCCAACAAAGCAGCUGUACCCAGAUGGUGAUUUUCCAGAAGAUUUUUCAAUAUUAAUGACAGUAAAGCCGAAGAAGGGUAUCCAGUCCUUCCUUCUGUCUGUCUACAACGAACAAGGAAUUCAGCAAGUAGGUGUUGAAGUUGGUAGAUCCCCUGUCUUCCUGUUUGAAGACCAAAAUGGGAAACCUGUCCCAGAAGACUAUCCUCUCUUCAGAACAGUCAACAUUGCUGAUGGCAAGUGGCAUCGAGUAGCUAUUAGUGUGGAGAAAAAAAGUGUUACAAUGAUUGUUGACUGUAACAAAAAAACUACAAAACCACUUGAAAGAAGUGACAAAACAGUUGUGGACACCAAUGGCAUCACUGUCUUUGGAACCAGGAUUCUGGAUGAAGAAGUUUUUGAGGGUGAGAUCCAGCAGCUGCUGAUCAUAGGUGACCCCAGAGCCGCGUACGACUAUUGUGAGCAUUAUAGCCCAGACUGUGAUUCCCCAGUGCCCAAUGCUGCUCAGGCUCAAGAUCCUCAAGUUGAUGAGUACACGCCAGAAGAUUUUAUCGAAUAUGACUAUGAGUAUGGGGAUGCAGAUUAUAAAGAAACUGAUUCUGUAACAGAGGGACCCCCACUGUUUGAAGAGACAGUAGCACAAACAGAGAAAAAGAAAGCCACGGUCAAAAAGAAGAAGAGGACAGUGGCCGCUAGCUCAAAGGACAAACCCCAAAAGGCCACAACAAAAAAAUCUGAAAAAUAUGCAUCCAAGAAGAAGAACAGUUAUCAAGCAGCAACAAAAGGCAAACUAGGGGCAAAUGUUGUUGAUGGAUUUCAAGAGUAUAGCAUAGCUGAAAAUGACUACGGGCCCCAGACAGAAGCUCCCUCCAGAACUACUGAAGCAAAUGAGCAAAAUCCUGUUGAAGAAGUAUUUGCUGAAGAAUACAUAACUGGAGAGGAUUAUGAUAAAAAAACUGAGGAAACUGAAUAUGGAAGCAGAGGAGUAGACCUCAGUGAAUCUGAUCUGCUGGUAGAUGGAGAUUUAGGCGAAUAUGAUUUUUAUGAAUAUAAAGAAUAUGAAGAGAAACCAACUGAUUCCACUAAUGAGGAGUUUGGUCCAGGUGUUCCUGCAGAGACCGAUAUCACAGAAACGAGCGUGACUGGACACGGGGCUUAUGGAGAAAAAGGCCAAAAGGGAGAACCAGCUGUGAUUGAACCUGGUAUGCUCAUUGAAGGACCACCGGGACCAAGAGGACCUGCUGGUCUUACAGGUCCCCCAGGUCUACAAGGUCCUGUUGGUCCUCCAGGUGACCCUGGUGAAAGGGGUCCACCCGGUCGCCCUGGUCUCCCUGGUGCUGAUGGUUUAGCAGGUCCCCCAGGCACCAUGUUAAUGUUGCCGUUCCGCUUUGGUGGAGAUGGUGAGAAGGGCCCGACAAUCUCAGCUCAAGAAGCUCAAGCGCAAGCUAUUCUUCAGCAAGCUAGGAUCGCUAUGAGAGGUCCACCUGGUCCCAUGGGACUCACUGGAAGACCAGGUCCUGUGGGUGGACCUGGAGCAGCAGGUGCUAAGGGUGAAAGUGGUGAACCAGGUCCCCAGGGUCCUCGUGGUAUUCAAGGUGCCCCUGGUCCAAGUGGAAAAGCUGGCAAAAGGGGACGUCCUGGAGCUGAUGGUGCCAGAGGAAUGCCAGGAGAACCUGGUGCAAAGGGUGACAGAGGAUUUGAUGGUCUUCCUGGCCUCCCUGGUGACAAAGGUAACAGGGGAGACCGCGGCCCACAGGGACCUCCUGGCUUACCUGGUGAAGACGGAUCAAGAGGUCCACGGGGAUUACUGGGCCCCCGAGGUACGCCUGGUCCCCCUGGACAGCCGGGCAUUGCAGGUGUUGAUGGACCUUCAGGCCCAAAAGGAAACAUGGGUCCUCAAGGGGAACCAGGACCUCCUGGUCAGCAAGGAAUCCCAGGCCCACAAGGGCUUCCUGGUCCGCAAGGUCCUAUUGGACCUCCUGGUGAAAAAGGUCCUCAAGGCAAGCCUGGCCUUCCUGGCCUUCCUGGUUCUGAUGGGCCUCCU